AUGCAGUCAAAUUGGAAUUCUUUUUUAUUAGCAAUUAUCAUCAUUGCAAGUAUUAUUAAAUCAUCGAAACAAUAUGUUAUUAAUCAAAAUCAAGAAUUUACUAUUAAUAAAUUGGAAUAUGUCAAGAUAGAGAAAGGAAAUCCAGGAUUCGAACGAGAAAUAAAUCGACAUAGAAAUCAUUCUAUACAUCGACCAAACAAUAAACAUACACAAGAUACUAUAGAUACUGGAUCUACAUCCAACAUUCUGUAUCACUUUUCAUCUAAUGGUGCUGGUGGUCUUGUGUUAACUGGACCUACUAAAGUCUAUGUUAUCUUUUAUGGUACUUGGACUUCUACUCAAAUCAAUCCUACACUCGUCUUCAUUUCCAAUAUUGGAAGUACAUCAUGGUACAAUAUCGAGAAAACUUACUAUUCUCAAGCUACAUCGACAAGUUCCCAGUUACCGAUAUCAGGUCCACUGACUCUUGGAGGUGCAUGGACAUUGUCCUACAUAUUUGGAACUUCUAUUCAGGGUACGAAUAUACCUGAUGCACUCAAAUCUUAUAUUACGAGUGGCGCAUUGCCAAAUGAUCCACAUGGUCUUUAUUUGUGGCUCACUUCUCCAGAUGUAAUCGAAAAGUCACCAAUGGGUGGACAAUUCAAAAGUGACUAUUGUGGUUAUCAUGUAAAUUUCAUGAUUGGCAACACACCAUACUUCUAUGGAUUUAUAGGAAAUCCAGGAAAAACAAGUGGGACAGGUUGUGAUCCCUCUUGGAUCAACUCAAAUGUCUCACCUAAUGGUGAUAUCGGUGUUGACGCCAUGGUAAGUUGCAUUGGACAUGAAAUAGUAGAAGCAGUUUCUGAUGCAUUGGGCGAUGCAUGGUUUGAUUCGGAUGGUGAAGAAAAUGCAGAUAAAUGGUAA